CAUGGCAGACUACCUCAUCAGCGGAGGGACAGGCUAUGUGCCAGAGGACGGGCUAACAGCACAGCAGCUCUUUGCUAUUGGGGAUGGCCUCACUUAUAAUGAUUUCCUUAUCCUGCCUGGCUUUAUUGAUUUCACCUCUGAUGAAGUGGACCUGACCUCUGCCUUGACCCGGAAGAUAACCCUGAAAACGCCUCUCAUAUCCUCUCCCAUGGACACAGUCACCGAGUCCUCUAUGGCUAUUGCUAUGGCACUCAUGGGCGGUAUUGGAAUCAUACAUCACAACUGCACACCAGAGUUUCAGGCAAACGAGGUUCGCAAAGUCAAGAAAUUUGAGCAGGGCUUCAUCACAGAUCCGGUGGUCAUGAGUCCACACCACACGGUGGGAGACGUGUUCGAGGCCAAAGUCCGCCAUGGUUUCUCUGGCAUUCCCAUCACAGAAACUGGUAAAAUGGGCAGCAAACUGGUGGGCAUCGUCACCUCACGAGACAUCGACUUCCUGUCAGAGAAGGACUACGACAGACCACUAGAGGAGGCAAUGACAAAGAGAGAAGAUUUAGUGGUGGCACCUGCCGGUGUCACGCUGAAAGAGGCCAAUGACAUUCUCCAACGCAGCAAGAAAGGUAAACUGCCCAUUGUGAAUGACAGCGAUGAGCUGGUGGCUAUAAUAGCGCGCACUGAUUUGAAGAAGAACAGAGACUACCCCCUGGCCUCCAAAGACUCCCGCAAACAGCUGCUGUGUGGUGCUGCCAUCGGAACCAGAGAGGACGACAAGUACCGUCUGGACCUGCUCAUGCAGGCUGGGGUGGACGUGGUGGUCCUGGACUCCUCUCAGGGAAACUCAGUGUUUCAGAUUAACAUGAUUCAUUAUAUCAAACAGAAAUACCCAGAGCUGCAGGUGGUGGGUGGAAACGUGGUGACUGCAGCCCAGGCGAAGAAUCUGAUUGAUGCUGGAGUGGAUGCACUCAGAGUGGGCAUGGGCUGUGGUUCUAUCUGCAUCACUCAGGAAGUGAUGGCUUGUGGGAGGCCACAGGGCACCUCUGUGUAUAAGGUGGCAGAAUAUGCCCGUCGUUUUGGCGUGCCAGUCAUAGCAGACGGGGGCAUACAGACUGUCGGACACGUGGUCAAAGCACUCGCCCUCGGAGCAUCCACAGUAAUGAUGGGCUCGUUGCUCGCGGCAACCACGGAAGCGCCUGGUGAGUAUUUCUUCUCGGAUGGUGUACGACUGAAGAAGUACCGCGGUAUGGGCUCUCUGGACGCCAUGGAGAAAAACAACAGCAGUCAGAAACGCUAUUUCAGUGAGGGGGAUAAGGUGAAGGUGGCCCAGGGUGUGUCUGGCUCAGUUCAGGAUAAAGGCUCCAUUCAUAAAUUUGUGCCGUAUCUCAUCGCUGGCAUUCAGCAUGGCUGUCAAGACAUAGGUGCUAAGAGCCUGUCCAUCCUGCGGUCUAUGAUGUACUCUGGUGAGCUGAAGUUUGAGAAGAGGACUAUGUCUGCUCAGGUGGAGGGCGGAGUCCACGGCCUACACUCUUACGAGAAGCGGUUAUUCUGAGGGCGGGGGUAGAGGUCAGAUUCGCG